UCCGACGUCGUUUUCUAUCUUCUUCUUCUUCUUCAAAAACUAAAAUCUCCCAAAUUCUUUAAUAAACCCUAAUUUCUAUCUGAUAAAGAAAAACCCUAAUUCUGAAAUGGAAGAACAAAGAAGGCAGAUUAACAGCUAUGAAGAUAGAAUCAGUAAGUUACCAGACGAAAUUCUUUCUCACAUUUUGACAUUACUCGAAUCAUCCGUCGAAGCCGUCAGAAGCAGCGUUCUAUCAAAACGAUGGAGAUAUAUUUGGCUCACACUUGAAAAAUUCAAGAUUUACGAUUCUUAUUCUCCUCAAAAAACAUAUUCAAGAGAAGUAUAUAUGAACUCCUUCGUAAAUUUCAUGAACCGCAUUUCAGUUAGUAACGUGAAAUACUUCAGGCUUCGGCUUUUAGAGAACUAUUCAAGUUCCGACAUCGAGUCAUGGCUUUCCGCUAUAAUGACGCGGAACCUUGAGGAAAUUCAUCUCUCAGGAUCAAUUAUUCAGUUGCCCCCGAAGUCCGUAUGUCUCACAGGUCUGAAGUCUCUACAUCUGGUAACUCUCAGUCACCUGUCUGAUUCUAGUUUAGAAAUGCUAUUAUCGAACUGUCCGAUUCUUAAGGUUUUAGAUAUCUUUAGAAGUCCGUCGGAUAGUGUCGAUAUUUUAAAUGUCAACUUAUCUUCCCUUGAACAACUUGUGUACUAUGAGUUUUCAAAAAAAUCAUCCAAUGUUGUUAUUAAUGCUCCAAACCUUGACAGUCUUGAAAUUUGUGUUAGUAAGCUUAACAUUGAAGUUAAAACUCCUCGUUCAAUUGCUAAAGCAUACAUCAAGUUUUAUGAAUGCGUCGGAACAUUUCUUCCUGCGGAUCCAACAUUUCAGCUUCUCAGGAAAACCAGUAAUAUCAGUAACUUAUCUGUGUCUUGUCAUAUUCUCAAGCUUCUUUGUGAUUCGUCUAUCCACAAUCUCCCUAGUUUGACUCGGUUGAAGAUUUUCCAUUGUGGUGAUGAACGGUCGUAUUUGCCUACAAUGCUCUCCAUCACACCAAAUCUGAAAUUUAUCAAAUUUGCUAAGUAUUGUAAUCGAGUCCAUAUAAAAUCUACAGUGGAGUUGAAGCCCGAACAAAAUAUGGCGAAAUGUUUAAAGUCAUCACUUGAAAGUUUGAAAUUUAGAGGGUUAGAAAAUGUUGCUGGAGAUAUGGAGAUAGUAGCAUAUUUUCUCAAAUAUGCUAAAGUCUUGAAUGUUUUUGCGAUAACUUGCUAUAGUGAUGACCCUGAGAAGGGAUCAAAGGAAUCAGUAGUUUUAAGAAAAGUAUCAAUGUUCCCAAGAGCUUCAAGCACCUGUCUGAUUUCAGACGUUCAUAAGUACUCGUCUCGCAGACCCGUCUAAACCCACAAAUCAGAUGGUGGUGACGAAGGAUUGUGCGUGAAAGGAGGCAAGUCAGUCCUUUAUGAUCGGUAUUGGCGACGGAAUGUUGGAGGUCAGCGGGUAUAGGGUUUUCGAGCUUUGCAGGUACAAGUGUUGUGGACUGGGUUAAAUCUUGGCUGGUUAACGUGGAUAGGGAAACUUCUUGCAUUAUUUCUAUGGUUUGCUGGCAAAUAUGGCCAACAUGAACAAAUAUUGUGUGGUCAGAUAAACUUUUGGUGGCGGCGGAUGUGCUUAAUCUGGCGGGAAAUCAUCUUGUUGCUUGGAGAAAAGCUCGAGCUUCUAAUCCAGCCUCUGAUAAUGUUAACUUGGUGAGAGAGGAUGGUAGAAUAAAGUGGAUGAAACCAGCUGAAGGUGCGUUGAAGGUGAACGUCGAUGCUUCCUGCAGGAGCGACGGUAGAUCGAUUGGUGUAGGGAUCACGGUGAGAAACAGUUCAGGUGAGUUAGUUCAGGUGAAUUAGUUCAAACAGUUCAGGUGAGUUAGAGUCCAUGGAUGAUUAUUAGCCUUAGAAUAUGAGUUUGAUUUGAACACAAAAGAGCAAUAUUAAAUGAACAAGAAAUGGGGCUGUGACUGUGAUCAUCUUCGUCUUCAUCAAAGCAAAAGCCAUGAAAAUUUCAACACUAGAUAAACUGUCGAUAAAUUUACUCUUUUCAAAAUCGAAAUUUAGUUAUUUUUGAUAUUUACCAGUAAUUUAAAUUUUAGUUUUAAGAUUCGGACUAGUUCAAUUAAUUUUUAAUUCAUAUUUU